CUCUCUCUCUUUUUCUCUUUUCUCUCAGUUUCAUUUGUUGAAAUAAUCAAUACGCGAUUUUAAAAAAGAUGAUCUCUUUAUAUUUUUCUGCGAGAUGACAUAUAAAUACUUUAUUGAAAUUUGCAUGAUAAUAACAAUAAGGAUAAUAAUAAUACUAUCAUAUUUACCGAUUGUGUACAUGAAUUAUUUACUAUGGUUAUUAUGACUAAUCAAGGGCAUAUAUUCAAAAAAAAAAAAAAGGAAAGAGAGCAAGAGAGUAAGGCUAGGGUGUAAAUAAGGAGUUUCAAUAGGACAUCAUAUGGGGUGAUCACAUGCAUAUUCAAUAUUUAUGCGGGCAAUACGUCGUCCUUUUUCUUUUUUUCUUUUACAUUUUAUACAUAUUUUUUUUUUUACUGCGGCUAUUUUUAUAUUAUGCGCUCCAAGUUUAAAGACGAACAUCCUUUUGAAAAACGUAAAGCAGAGGCAGAACGUAUUCGCCAGAAAUAUCCAGAUCGUAUUCCUGUUAUUUGCGAGAAAGUUGAAAAGAGUGAUAUACCCAUGAUUGAUAAAAAGAAAUAUCUUGUGCCUGCAGACCUAACAGUGGGUCAAUUUGUAUAUGUCAUUCGAAAAAGAAUCAAAUUGAGUCCAGAGAAAGCGAUAUUUAUCUUUGUUAAUGAAAUAUUACCACCUACAGCAGCCCUCAUGAGUUCUAUUUAUGAUGAGCAUAAAGAUGAAGAUGGAUUCUUGUACAUCACCUAUUCUGGUGAAAAUACGUUUGGCCAUUAAUACUUUAUAAUAAAUUGUUUGUGAUAUAUAUAUAUAUAAAGCACUGGCAAUGUAUAUAUAUAGAGAAAGUAAAAGACAUGUCGUUGCAUAUAUAUAAAUGUAUGUAUAUAUGAAUAUGUGUAUGUGUGCUUUUGUAGGUGAGUGUGUAUAGGUGUAUGUGUGUGUAGAAGUAAUAGUCUAAUUGUAGUAGAAUGUCGUAUACAUGGAGAAUAUACAUAAUUCGCUUUUAAUGAAUAUAAACAAUUAAAUGUUCAAUUUGGU